AUGGGGAUGGCGUCGAUGCGGAUACAGACCAAGGGUACUUCGUCGUUUGGUAAGCGCCACACCAAGACGCACGUCCUGUGCCGCCGGUGCGGCCAGCGCGCGUACCACGUGCAGAAGGCCACCUGCGCGUCGUGCGGCUACCCGUCGACCAAGAUGCGCAAGUACAACUGGUGCACCAAGGCCCACCGCCGCCGCACUACUGGCACUGGCCGCAUGAAGUACCUCAAGCACAUGCCGCGCCGCGCCAAGAACGGCUUCCGCGAGGGUACCCAGGCAAAGAAGGUCAAGAAGUCCGCGUAA